CAGAAAUAAAAAUAUUUCCAGACUUUAAUUCGAAAAGAAACAUUUCGCGAGAAUACGUGUAACGCAAUAAACAAAUACACAGAUAAAUAAAUAAUAUAAUAAAAUAUAUUUUUCUAGUGAUUUUCACAUAUUUUUUUGCGCAAGCUUAGCAUAAAGUCAAGUACGUGCCGGCUUCAAACAACACCAACCAUUCUCUGCAUAACAUUCAUAAAUGAUCUCACCUAGAAAGUCCACCUCGGCAUUGAGCCUUAUACCAGAGGAGCGUGGCAAAUUGUUGCCUGUCUCCACAAAGAGCUGUGAGAGUCUGUACUCCAAUACAUCGAGUUCGAAGGGUUCCGGCAAUAAUUUAUUUCGUCGUAAAAACAUCAAUAACCAUCAAGGUGCUGGCGGCAGUAUGGGACGUCAUGCUACCUUAAUACCCGCCACUACAGAGGUGCGUCAGAGAGUGCUCUCUGCACGACGCUUACGUAUGAAAACAUUUCAAAACCAAUUGGUCGAUGCACAACAAACUAUAGCGGAUCUCGCUCAUGAGAAUCGCAUACUGCGCACACUGCACAAGCGUCAGGACUCAGCUUUGGCUAAAUAUGAGUCCACAAAUGCAGAAUUGCCCAAACUUUUGCACUCACACGCCGAGGAGUUACGUGUUUGGCAAGCCAAGUAUCGUAAUCUGCAGCAGCUCAAUAAGGAGUUGGAGCACAAACUUAAAACAAAGGAGUCCAUCAUACUCACGCUGAGCGAUCAAAAUAAAUACUACAGUCAAUUGAAUAAGGACAGAAAUCUGGAGGAACGGCAACGUUUACAGGAAAAGGUAGAGAAACUGGAAACGCGCCUGCAGGAGAAGGAUAACGACAUGAAGCUAUUGGCACGACGUGUGCAGAUUGAAACGAAAAAUUUCAAGCAGCAAAUAAUGGCGGAACAAAAGCGCGCCAAGGAAGCCGUGCUCAAAUUGGAGAAAGCGCGACUGGAGCUGUCCGGAUAUCGCAAAUUGGACGAACUGGGUGAUAAAUUCUCAACGCUCACAGUGGGACGACGUAAGCCCAGCAGCGCUGAGGAAGAAUCGAAAUUGGAAAAAGAUUUGGAGCGCAUCUUAGCCGACGAAGUAUUAGAUGACGAUAUCAAAGAUGUAGAAACAGACUUUCUGCCCGCGGCUGGCCAACGUGCUUUGAAAAAUUCGCUCAACUCAAAAAUCGAAACACCUUUAGGUUAUGUAAAUCGUAAGGUAAGCUCGUCCAUUGCUUCCAUGGUGCAGUCGCGCAAGCAGCGGCAGGAAGGUGGUGCUACAAAAUCUGCUGUUAAGCAGCCACAGCCGUUAUAUCGUCAACAGUUACAACAACAAAGACAACAAAAGAAAACUCAAUUAAAGGACGGAAAUGCUUCCGAACAUCUGGCGGCAAUAACCGAUUACGACGAUGAAGACUAUGAAAACGAACAGGAUGAUGAAUUUCAUGAGGCGAGUGAUCGUCGUCAGAGUAAUCGCUCCAGGCGUGUAUAUAAUAAUAAUAAUAUGGACGGCGACGGUACCGAAAAUGGUGAUGAACAUGAGGAUGGUGAUGAGGACGACGAUGAAGAGGAAGACACCAGUAUCAACGAUAGAUCUGAACGAAAGCAAGACGAUGAGGUUGCAUCCCAUGAAACGUACAAUGCUGAGUUAUUAGGCGAGGAGGAACAAGAAGUGGAGAGUGUGAAUGAUGAUAAUGUCGAAGACGAAGAUGAUGUCUGCAACACAGCCAAGAAAGCGUCAAAUAUGAAGGAGGAAAUCUCGAGCAUACGCAAGCAAAUCUCCCAUGACUAUAGGGAACGUGAAGCUUUCCUCGAUACAUUCUGCCGUCAGGCGAAUAAUGGUGCACUCUUAGAUGAAACACCCAAGAAACGAGGCAAUGUUUCACCAGGAAAAAAUUUACCAAGCAGCCGUAAAAACAAAUUGCUGGCCGCACUCAAAGCGAUUGACGAUAAUAAAAGCCAGGAUUGAAUUGGAUAGCUGACAAAAUACGUUCUGUAUAGGCUUCACGAAUUGGCUGAAA